CCAGCUAAAAUUCCAUCUUAAAGAUGAAGAAACCGAAUUUGCAAAAUUUGAUCUCUUUGUUUCCAUAAGUUGAUUCACUACACCAACCGAAAAAGGGACUUUAAUAAAGGAGGUUCAACAUGGCUAUGACGGCAUGGGAUCACCUGGGAGAGAUUGCAAAUGUAGCCCAACUAACGGGUUUUGAUGCAGUAAGGCUAAUAGGAAUGAUUGUAAAUGCUGCUACCACCGCUCGUUUACAUAAAAAGAACUGCAGACAAUUUGCUAUGCAUUUGAGGUUGAUUGGGAAUCUAUUAGAACAGCUACAAAUUAGUGAGCUUAAGAAGUAUAAAGAGACGCGUGAACCUUUGGAGCAACUUGAGGACGCAUUGAGGAGGUCUUUCGUUUUGGUAAAUAGUUGUCAAGACCGGAGCUAUUUGUAUCUGCUUGCCAUGGGAUGGACCCUUGUUUACCAAUUCAAAAAGGCUCAAGAUGAGAUAGAUCGUUACUUGAAGAUUAUCCCACUCAUCUCACUUGUGGAUAAUUCUCGAGUCAAGGAAAGAUUGGAAUAUAUUGAAACGGAUCGGCACGAAUACACAUUAGAUGAUGAAGACCUAAAGGUGCAAGAAGUUAUAAUGAACCCUGAUCCCUCGAAUACUUAUGCUGCUGUUUUGAGGAACUCAUUUUCUUAUAGCUAUCCAGACAUGCCGUUUAAUGAAGUUAUCAAGAUCGAAAAUGAAAAGCUUCAUUCUGAAAUACAACAUUCACAAUCAUACUUGGAUGUUGACCAAUGUGAACUCAUUCAAAAUCUGAUGGAUAUCACAGAAGUUUUUGCCUCAAAUCCUCAAUUUGAGAAUGUUGUGCCUUACCAUUCGUAUGACAGCAGCAACCAAGAACAUGAAAACAACAACGAUCUACAAAUAGUUGCUUAUUCAGCUCCAAGAAGCACUUCCACUUCUGAAGUUUUUGCCUCAAAUCCUCAAUUCGAGUACACUGUGCCAUACUAUUCGUAUGACAGCAGCAACCAAAAACUUGAAACCAACAACAAUCUACAAAUAGUUGCUUAUUCAGCUCCAAGAAGCACUUCCACUUCUGAAGUUUUUGCCUCAAAUCCUCAAUUCGAGUACGCUGUGCCUUACUAUUCGUAUGACAGCAGCAACCAAGAACUUGAAAACAACGAUCUACAAAUAGUUGUCUAUUCAGCUCCAAGAAGCAUUUCAGCUACAUCCAGACAAGAUUUGCUUCCCUCUAGAAGACCCUAUCAGCGUGAAGAAUGGCAUUUUGGUAUACUUGGCUGUUGUUCCGAGCCCAUUAUGUGCUUAAAAACCUUCUUCUUUCCAUGUGGAACCCUCUCAAAGAUUGCUACAAUAGCAACAAAUAUGGAAACAACUUCUGUAGAUGUCUGCAACGAGAUAAUGGCUUACUCCCUAAUAGUUUCAUGCUGUUGCUAUACUUGUUGCAUCAGGAGGAAGCUUCGGAAUAAAUUAAACAUCAGGGGAGGGUGUUGCGGAGAUUUUUUGUUGCAUCUUUGUUGCAGUUGUUGUGCCCUAGUCCAAGAACUGCGAGAAAUCGAGACACGGAGAAUCCAUGGUAUUCAGAAGACACAAACAAGGCCUCCUUCCCAGCAAUACAUGGAAUCCUAGAAUGAUAUUAGAACUUACGAUUCUUGGCAAUCUUUUUCCUUUUACAUAAUCUAUUUUGUUGUAGUAAACUUGCUCUAUUUGGAUAAAAGUGUUCUCUAUUCUAUCACUUGCCAAUGGUGGUUAGCAAGUUUGUAUUUGAGAAAAACGAAGUUAGAAA